UCCUCAAUAUGGAGUACGUACAGCAUAAUACUCUAUAUAAAGUAGUCAUAAGUAUCAACGAUUUUUAUUUUAAAUUUAUUUUCUUAUAUUUGUAAUUCCUUUAUUCUCUUUUAUCUGAUUCUCAUCAAUUCAUCUUAUUCAAUACCACCUCACCUUACUACUCCCCAAUUGUAACAUCUAUCAUCAAUAAAUCUCUUUAGCUUCUUAUAGACUCAAUUCAAUUAUUCCGAUCAAAUUUCCAAAAAAAAAAUUCAAAUUUUCAACGACCUCGGAUAAACUAAAAUAAUUGCAAAAUGUAUAGAACAAGUUUAAGACAAAUUACUUCUAAGAGACAAUUCUCAAUCUUAAACAAUAAAUUAAACAAAUGGAAUGAAAUUCCUUUAGCUCCUCCUGAUAAAAUUUUAGGUAUUAGUGAAGCUUUUGUUAAAGAUACCAAUACUAAAAAAAUUAAUUUAGGGGUUGGUGCUUAUAGAGAUAACAAUGGUAGACCAAUCAUUUUCCCAGCUGUUAAGGAAGCUGAAAAGAUUUUAUAUGGUUUAGAAACUGAAAAGGAAUAUACUCCAAUCAUUGGAUCUAAAAAGUAUCAAAAUAUUGUUAAAAACUUUAUCUUUAACAAUUCAAAUAAAGAUCCAAAUGGUAAAAAAUUAAUUGAUGAAGGUAGAAUUGUCACUUCUCAAACAAUUUCUGGUACUGGUUCCCUUAGAGUUAUUGCUGAUUUCUUAAAUCGUUUCUAUUCUUCUAAAAAGAUUUUGGUUCCAAAACCAACUUGGGCUAAUCAUGUUGCAGUUUUUAAUGAUGCUGGUUUACAACCUGAAUUCUAUAACUAUUAUGAUAAAUCUGCUAAUGAUUUAGAAUUUGAAAGUUUGAAAUCAUCUCUUUUAUCUCAACCAAAAGAAUCCAUUGUCUUAUUACACGCUUGUUGUCAUAACCCAACUGGUUUGGAUUUAACUCCUGAACAACAAGAUGAAGUCUUACAAAUUAUUCAAGAUAAAUCUUUCUACCCACUUGUUGAUAUGGCAUAUCAAGGUUUUGCUUCUGGUGAUCCAUAUAAAGAUAUUGGUUUCAUUAGAAAAUUGAAUAGUUUAGUUGUUGAUGGUAAGAUCAAUUCUUAUGCUUUAUGUCAAUCUUUUGCUAAGAAUAUGGGUCUUUAUGGUGAAAGAACUGGUUCUAUCUCAAUCAUUACUGAAAGUGCUGACCAUUCUAAAGCCAUUGAAUCUCAAUUAAAGAAAUUAAUUCGUCCAAUCUAUUCUUCUCCACCAAUCCAUGGUUCUAAGAUUGUUGAAGUCAUCUUUGAUGAACAAUAUCAAUUAUUACCAAAAUGGUUAGGUGAUUUAGAUGCUGUUGUUGGAAGAUUAAACACUGUUAGAUCUAAAUUAUAUGAAAAUCUUGAUAAAUCUUCUUACAAUUGGGAUCAUCUUUUAAAACAAAGAGGUAUGUUUGUUUACACUGGUUUAACUUCUGAACAAGUCAUUAAAUUAAGAAAUGAUUAUUCAGUAUAUGCCACCGAAGAUGGUAGAUUCUCAAUCUCCGGUAUUAAUGAUGGUAAUGUCGAAUACUUAGCUAAUGCCAUUAACGAAGUCAUUAAAAAGUAGAAUUUCUUUAUAUUUUUCUAUAUACUAAUUACUAUUUUU